AUGCGUAAACGUAAGUACAAGUCAAUGGAACAGAGACUACAAGCUCUGGAGAGAUUAGACAAAGGAGAAUCCGUGCAAAGUAUUUGCAAGGAUUUAAACGUGGGCAAAAGUACAGUCAACGACUGGCGACGCAACAGAAAAAGUAUUGAAGGCUUUUGUACACAAAUUGAUACCGAAAAAGUUCUAGAAAAGCGUUGCACACUAAGGAAGGCCAAACACGAAUUGGUGGAAGAUGCUCUAUGGUUGUGGUUCGUUCAAGAACGAAGACGAGGAACGCCAUUAAGUGGACCAAUAUUAAAAGAAAAGGCCAUGAUCUUACACUCAAAGCUUCAACCAGAAGAGGCGUUCGUGGCUAGUGAUGGAUGGCUCUCUCGUUGGAAAAAGAGACACGGCGUACAUUUUAUUGGAGUUUGUGGUGAGAAGUUAUCAGCAAACCCAACAGCGGCCACCGACUUUUCUGCAAGAUUUUUAAAAAUUAUCGAUGAUGAAAACUUUUGCCCAGAGCAAAUAUACAACAUUGACGAAACUGGGUUAAAUUUUAAACUUCUGCCUAGAAAAACAUUUGCCACCCCGCAAGAAACGUCUGCUCCAGGGUUUAAAACCAGCAAAGACAGGAUAACAGUCGCCUUGUGUUCAAAUGCUUCGGGGACUCACAAGUUACCCCUAUUUGUCAUUGGCAAAGCAGCAAAACCGAGAGCGUUUAAGAACAUAAACAUGGACGCUCUCCCAGUGUAUUAUCGGUCACAGAAAUCAGCGUGGAUGGACACGUACUUGUUCAGAGAAUGGUUUGUAUGCGAAUUUGUUCCCAAAGUGAAAAAACAUUUGGCAAAAUCGAAACUCCCCGCCAAAGCACUUCUACUUCUUGACAACGCGCCUACUCAUGAUGAACAUCUUCAGUGUGACGAUGAAAAAGAAAUUAAACUGCUGUUCCUACCACCCAAUGUAACCAGUCUUCAACAGCCGAUGGACCAGGGGGUCAUUGAGUGCUUCAAGAGGAAGUAUCGUCGUAAGCUACUUUCGGAAGUUCUUUCCAAACUGGAGACUGAUGACAGCUUAGACCUUACCAAAGUGUUGAAGUCAGUUAACAUGAAGGAUGUUGUGUACAUGUCGGCCAAGGCAUACGACGAAAUACCACCAUCCACGUUUGUAAAGUCUUGGAAAAAACUUUGGCCAAAUAUAGAAGAUAGCGUAGAUCAAAACAACACAACAGCAGAUGAGCCAAACAACAUUCUUGAUGGCGAACCUGAUGACAAUGCAGCUCUAUUGCACGACCUUCAGCAACUACCGAACUGUGGUCCCAUUGUUGAAGAAGAUGUUUUGGAGUGGAUCAACAUGGAAAAGGAGCUAGACAACGAGGUUCUGAAUGAUGACGAAAUCGUCGAGUGUGUCAUUCGCCAGGACAACGAGAUGAAUAACGACGCAGAUGGUGCUGAGAUUGAAGAGGAAGACGAAGAAAAUAAAAUGAGCCACGCUGAAGGAAAAGCAGCUUUGCAACUGGCAGCUACUUACAUCGAACAGCAAAAAGAAGCAACUGCAGUCGAUGUAAUUUUUAUUAAGAAGUGGCGUAGGCUACAAAAUCUUCAUGAAGAGAGUUGCAUAGCCAAUUAUAAUGGAUCUAGCGGUGGCAUGGAGGUCAAAGGUGUGAUCGACGUGUUCAAGUCUCCGCAACUUCAGUACAACAUAAGAUACCGUUACUGCUUGGGGGAUGGUGACAGCUCAGCAUUUCCUAGUGUGAAAAAAGAAACCCCUUAUGGCCCAGGGUUUGAAAUUGAGAAGCUGGAAUGUGUAGGCCAUGUCCAGAAGAGGAUGGGUGCUCGUUUGAGAUCUUACUAG